GUUCGUUUAAAAGUUAAUUAGCCUUCAUCGCUGUCUGGACAAGAGACAUGAGGUAAUCUUCCCAGGAAAGUCACAGUGAACCGUCGGCUUUAACUUAAAAACACACACAAUGAGUGAUUUAGAGCAACAGCAGGAGGCUGAAAAGGUGUGUGAGCCUCAGUGGCCUGAGAAUGGAGACAAGUGGAGCGAUGCAGAGGACGGGACCGACAUGGACUGUGGGCUUCUGCAAGCCAUGGCUGAAGAGGAUGAGGAGAUCAACGUCUACAAUGAGGAGACAUUUGGAAUGGAUCUUGAUGCACAUGGGGCCACAGAGGACCCCAGCACCAGUCUCCUCCAGUUUGGGGAGCCACCUCUUUCAUCACCACCACCGUCUCCACCUUCAGCACACCCCUUGCCAUCGUCUCGCCACAGCCCCCCCUCCCCUUCCAGGCAAAGACCGCAGUACCUGCCCCGAGCCUUACGAGGGCGAUACAGCAGAGGUCGAGGACCCCGGAGGGGUGGGCUGGGCAGGGGCCAAAUGUUUGAGGACCCAGCUGUGAUGAGAAUAGUUGAAGGGUGGCCAAGCCUCAAGAGCCUGGACAGCGCCAUAGUAGACUGUGGAAACGCCAUGUACAAAAAUGACUUAAAAGAUGACUUGAUGGAGCCCUCUUCCAGAAAGACAAGAAGAAUCUCAGGAUCAAUACUUCAGGAUCAAGCUAUAGUGUGUGUGAUUGAUGGGCACAGAGGCAGAGGUCAGCACCUGAACUCCAGUUACUUGGAUUUGCCACAUCCUGUCUCAUCCUUCAGGGGAAGGAGAGGAGAACCAAGAGGAUCGUACUCCAGGAGACAGUUUGGUCUCAGAGCCCACAAUCAGAUGCAUGAAACUUUGGCACCAGGAUCACCCAUCUUCUCACGCCAGCCACUAACCCCACGGCAACAUUACAACCAGACGGCGGGUUACAUGUUUCCCUCGAACCGUCCCUGCCCCUCCACACCUCAGUCUUUGCCUUCUAAGAUGAUGCAACUUCGCUUCGGUGCCAACUCACCAAGGCCGUCACCCUUUUACAGCCCCUCGUCUAACUCAGUGCAGCAUUUCAGGUUACCUGGUCCUGUCACCCAGCUCCACCCCCAACAUAAACGACUCCUCAGCCAAAAACAGCGUGUAUUCCAAAGAAAAUCAGAGGGCUGGGAUCCUUACUGUAACCUCAUGACAGCCAAAGAGAAGGAAUGGAUCACCAGGCUGCAGAUGAUCCAGCUGCAGAGUGAGAAUCCAUACCUGGAGGACUACUAUUACCAGGAAUACUAUCGGCGGAUAGAGGCCAAGAUGGCAGAGGAAGAGCUGGGCAUCAGGGGCAAAAGGGAGCCACUAAAGCUCACCACACCUUACAUCACGAAAACGGACUCCUACACUCCAGUGGUGCACAUAGAAGGCUCUUUGGGUCAGGUUGCUGUGUCCACGUGUUACUCUCCUCGACGCGCCAUCGGUGCAGUUCAUGCCAUCCAAGCUCAAGGCCCACUCGAGGAGCAAAAAGACAUGAGGCAGCAGCGGUUAGAGGUCCUCAGCAAAAUAGAAAAGUUAUUUGUAGUUCUGUUGGAGGUGGAGGAGACAGAAAGGAUGAAAACCACGGUGUUGUCUGAAGCAGAAGAAAGGAAGCUGAUGGAAAAGACUCAAAGGAAAGUGGAGCACAUCUACUCCCAGCUGCAACACCACAAUCCCCGAGAUUCAGGAGGAGAGUUUCUUCCUUUCCUGCUAGUCUCAAAAGGCAAAAGGCUUCUCGCACGUCUGCUUCCGUUCCUAAAACAUGAUACUGCACUGAAGAUCCUGUGCAUCGUGACUUCCAACCUGCCGACACUGAUGAGCAGAGAUACAGAAGAGGCCCUUCCUGUUCUUUACCCACCUCUUCGUAACGUCAUCGGAGGUCUGACAUUCAGUCAGCUGAUCGGCGUCCUCAAAGAUCUGACAUCAUCUGAGUCUCUGACCACGUAUGAGUCUCUCACGCUGGCAUGUCAGAACAAGUUUGGACUGUCGUUACUGUACGCCCUCCUGUCCCAGGGAGAGAAGCUGCUGUCUUCAGGUGUCCCUCUGGAGCCCAGCAUCGGUGACUUUGAGACCUGGACUGACACAAUAUUCCAGGUGGCAGGGCAGCUGUCCCAGUGUUCUCUGGUAGAGCCACUCCUCUUGCCCUCAAACCUGCUGACGCUCUUCUGUCGUUAUCUGGACAAACGCACUGUUCAUCAGCUGAAAAGCAACAUGGAAUCUGCAACUGGAUUCCUGGCUCUCCCAUCUUAACAUGGACCAAAGCUUAAAAGAUGUUUAGGUAAUGACGCUCAGGUUGUGGUGAGCAAAUGAAGGCAAGGAGCCUAAAAAAAAAACUCCUCCCUGUUUAUUAUGUCAGAAGAAAUGUAAUGUACUCUCUGAUUGUUUUCUUAUUUUUCCUCCCUCCCUCGUCCCUUCACAUUUUUGCACACUUUGACUGUUUCCCUUUUUAUUUCCUUUAUCUGAUCUUUUACUCUCCUCCCUUUGGUCUCCAGUAAGUUACAUCAACUCAAACUUGGAAAAACAACCCUAUGAAACAUUUCUUUGCUGUCAUGUUGUGAGAUUUCUGUUUACAGAGUUUAUAAAAUUUCAUUAACAUAUAGAAAGAGCAUCUUUAAUUUCAAAGCUUUGACCAAACAACUUUAAAUUUGUUUUCAGAUUACCUUUUAUAUCCUGUUACAUUUAGGAAAAGAAGCUUCACUUACUGAGAUCAUGUUUGUUCAGAUGUUGGUGACUAGAUUGAGGAUUGUAUAGUUGUUUAUGAUUGUACAGCUGAUUAUAUAUGUUCAUCAUAAUGAUAGUAAUGAUGAUUAUCAAGGAAAUUGUCAUGGCAUGGUCCAUCAACAAAAGCCAUGCAGUUUUGUGUUUUUUGUAAAGACAAAUGUUAUGUAUACAUGUGUGAUGAUACUAAAUAUGAUGUAUUUGGUGUAAUUUUUCAUCUUAGAUGUUUCAGUUGUAAAAUAUAUUUUAUUUAUUGUAUUAAUUUGGAAACAGGAAUACUUUAAAUAGCACCCUUCCAGAGCACUUGCAACACAAAUAAAAAAAAAAGCGUUGAAAAUC